UCCUAGGCUCCUCCGCGUCGCUGCCGGCUUGCUGCGCGCUCUGCUCUUCCAGCUCUGCGGACCGCAGCAGCCAUGGCCGACAUCAAGACGGGCAUCUUCGCCAAAAACGUGCAAAAGCGUCUCAACCGCGCGCAGGAAAAGGUCCUCCAGAAGCUGGGGAAGGCUGAUGAAACAAAAGACGAACAGUUUGAAGAAUAUGUCCAGAACUUCAAAAGGCAAGAGGCAGAGGGUACCAGACUUCAGCGAGAACUCCGAGGAUAUUUAGCAGCAAUCAAAGGUAUGCAGGAGGCCUCAAUGAAGCUCACUGAAUCACUACAUGAAGUCUAUGAACCAGACUGGUAUGGACGGGAAGAUGUAAAGAUGGUUGGUGAGAAGUGUGAUGUGCUGUGGGAAGACUUCCAUCAAAAGCUAGUGGAUGGGUCCUUGCUGACACUGGACACCUACCUGGGCCAGUUUCCUGACAUAAAGAAUCGCAUCGCUAAGCGCAGCAGGAAGCUUGUGGAUUAUGAUAGUGCUCGCCAUCACCUGGAGGCUCUGCAGAGUUCCAAAAGGAAGGAUGAGAGUCGGAUCUCUAAGGCGGAAGAGGAGUUUCAGAAAGCACAGAAAGUGUUUGAAGAGUUCAACGUUGACCUACAAGAAGAGUUGCCAUCAUUGUGGUCCAGACGAGUUGGCUUUUACGUCAAUACUUUCAAAAACGUCUCCAGCCUUGAGGCCAAGUUUCACAAGGAAAUCGCAGUGCUUUGCCACAAGCUCUAUGAAGUGAUGACGAAACUGGGUGAUCAGCAUGCUGACAAGGCCUUCAGCAUUCAAGGAGCUCCCAGAGCGAGGUGUGAUUCGGGUCCUCUUCGAAUUGCAAAGACACCAUCACCCCCAGAGGAGCCUUCACCCCUGCCCAGCCCAACGGCUAGUCCCAACCACACAUUAGCGCCUGCAUCUCCUGCCCCAGUGCGACCCAGAUCACCUUCACAGACAAGGAAAGGACCUCCUGUCCCACCUCUGCCUAAAGUUACCCCAACGAAGGAACUGCAGCAGGAGAACAUCAUCAGUUUCUUUGAGGACAACUUCGUACCAGAAAUCAGUGUGACCACACCUUCCCAGAAUGAAGUCCUGGAGGUGAAGAAGGAGGAGACUUUGCUGGAUUUGGACUUUGACCCUUUCAAACCUGAUGUGGCUCCGGCAGGUUCUGCUGCAGCAACCCACUCUCCCAUGUCUCAGACAUUGCCCUGGGACUUAUGGACGACAAGCACUGAUUUGGUACAGCCGACUGACUCUUCAAAAAGUCUUUCUAUGUGUAACCUCAUCAUGGAGGAAACUCCUGACAGUGGUCUGGCAGAAGAUAUUCAAAGAUAUGAAACUGAUAUAGGUGCAUUUAUAUGGGGCCCUCAUGCUAGGGAAGACAGUGUCAGCCAGGAGAUAACACCAAGUGGGUCUCGAGAAGACAUAGCCUGUCUCUCUGAAGCAGAGCGAGACAUGAGAUUAUCCACUGGAAUGCUUUCUUCUGCUGACUGUUCUACUGUAGCUGAUCAGGGAGAGGAUGCCCCUCCAGCUAGAAAUGAGAAGCUGUCUUCAGAGCCUGUUCCCGGGGCUGGAGUUGCUAUUACAACGUGCAUGGAGAUGGACAAACCAUAUGCAUUACUUGACUCAGAGAUACCAGGCAUCGGAAAAGUUGACCUGCUCAAAGAAGGUCAUGAAGAAGCUAAAAUAUCAGAUGGAGAAAUAAAAGAGACACAGAAGGCUUCUGGAGGUUCAUUUAACGAUUUCACCCAGCCCCAGGAUACUUCAUUAUUCACCAUGCAGACAGACCAAAAUAUGGCUGAAACUGAGCAGGCUCUAUCUACAGAGCCCCAAGCAGAGGAGCCUCCUGCCACUGCUGCUGCACCUACUGCUGGGAUGGACCUCGGGCUAGAGAUGGAGGAGCCAAAGGAGGAGGCUGUGGUCAUUCUGCAUGGAGUCAUUCCUCAGGAGUCAGAAUUAGCAGCCUUCUCCAGCAUUCACUCCAGGAUCCCUCCUGGAACUGAUGCUGGCGAGACUGUGGAAACUACAGUGCCAACUGAGGGGGCCCCAGUGGAGGAAGCAGAGGCAGAGAAGGCAGCCCUCCCUUCUGGAGAAGGAGAAAGUCCAGAGGGAGCUAAACGUGAUGCGGAAAGCACGGAGCUUGCAAGCAGCGAAAGCCCUCAACCAACAGAGGCUGAAGCAGGUGCUCCUCAGGAGAAAGUCAUCCCCUCUGUUGUCAUCGAGCCAGCCUCCAACCAUGAAGGGGAAGGAGAACACCAAGAAACUGCUAUGGGUAUUGAAACGAGGGAGGCCAGUGAGGAUGUGGCUCCCCAGGGCCCAGCGGGUGAGAAGCAGGAACUGGCUACAGAGCCCACGCCUCUGGAUUCUCAGGCUGCUACACCUGCACCAGCAGGUGCUGUGGAUGCCUCACUGUCUGCAGGGGAUGCCACUCAGGAACUGCCUCCUGGCUUUCUCUACAAGGUGGAAACCCUGCAUGAUUUCGAGGCAGCAAACUCUGAUGAACUUACCCUACAAAGGGGUGACGUGGUGCUCGUGGUGCCCUCAGACUCAGAAGCCGACCAGGAUGCAGGCUGGUUGGUGGGGGUGAAGGAGUCAGACUGGCUUCAGUACAGAGACCUGGCCACAUACAAAGGCCUCUUUCCAGAGAACUUCACACGACGCCUGGAGUAGGGCUGCAGAUGUUGCAAAAGGGUCACGUGACUGGGUUUUUAAACCUUCAUGAAAUGGCGGAGGAGUUCACUUUUGCUACUACACUCUUAAGGAUCGACAGACUGGUGCCGGAUGAGACUUGGGAGGACUGGUUACUAGAGCAUGUAUGCAAAAACUAGAAGAGGGGAAAAUAGCGAAUUAAGGAAAGAGUCUUUACUCUGUUCCCUAUGUUCAAUAGCGGUCUGUUUGUGCUUUGUCUAACCGUGGACACUGGUACCUGAUUCCCCUCCCACCAAAGUAGCUUUCUCCAGACCAGACUUUGACUUCUUUGCAUCAAGUGUGUGGUGUCGAGUGGUUGCCCUGCAGAUGUGAUAAGUUAUCCUGUAGUAAGACAUCAUCUUACUCCCUUGCCCGAUGUGAGCACGUGCUCUCUUUUCCUUCCAAGUUUACCGCGUUUAAAACUGAACAGCUGCAAACGUUCUUAACAGUCUUUUCCAGUCACCUCUAUAUACAUACAUAUGGACACAACAGUCGCACAAGCUAGUUCCCAUGCCUGCUGGACCUAUGUGUAUGCAGACGGCUACAUAUACAUAGCUGAUUCCCCCCCCCCCUUUCCACUGUAGCUCUUCGCCUCUAAGUGUCAUUGAUACACGCAUUGCUCUUAUCCGUCGGCAUUACAGCUGCAGUUUUGCCUUGGGGCAAAACCACUCAUCCCAUUGCCAAAACAGUUGACAGUGUCUGUGUGUGUUGUAUGCAGUUUUCAGGAUGAUAUAAAAGAUAGUGCGUCCAUGCUGCUGCCCCUUUGGAGAGAGCAGGCCUGGUUGUGUAGCUGCCCAGCUGCUCAGUCCAAAUAAAUACAUGGACCAGCAACUAUGCAGUCAUUAUUUCUGCCUUUAUGUGAUUGACCGGACGAGGGGGCAAAAGAACCUAUUUACAAAAGCUCCUAUAUACUUCCACGUUCUAUUUAUGCAACUUGUCUUCACAGAUCAUUCUAAGAUGAACGAGGUGAUGUACGUUGUACCACAAACCAUCUGUAACAGUUGUGUUCUCAGUGCUGUGUCAUUCCAAAUAAACCUUUGGUAAUCUCCAAGUUA